CGGCUAUCACCUGUUGAGAUCUAAGGACCCCGAAAAGCCCCCAAAUUCCCAAACCCCAGUCAGACUCGUCUUUCCUCUCCCCGCCCGACCCGCGAUGCCCCCCAGAUCGGACCACGCUGCAGGCAGCGCGACCGCAGCCGCGGCGGCCGCCCAGACUCAGGGAUCCGACUUCGACUCGAUCGACCCCCUCUUCCACGUCCUCCGCGUGCUCCCCUUCUCCUUCCUCCGGCCGCCGCGCACCCGCCUGAGGCUGCCGUCCAACCUGGUGCUCCCCUCCCCGAUAACCGUCUUCUCCCUCAUCCUCCUCACCUACUUCGCCGUCGUCUCUGGCCUCGUCUACGAUGUCAUCGUCGAGCCCCCCGGCAUCGGCAGCGCGCAAGACCCCGCCACCGGCGCCGUCCGCCCCGUCGUCUUCCUGCCGGGACGCGUCAACGGGCAGUACAUCAUCGAGGGACUCUCCUCCGGGUUCAUGUUCCUCCUUGGCGGCGUCGGCAUCAUCCUCCUCGACCUCGCCGUCGACCGCACCAGGCCCCGGAGCCUCCGCGUCUCCUUCGGCGGCGCCGGUGCAGUUGCCGUCGUCAUCGCCUACGCCAUGGCCAUGCUGUUCAUCCGCAUCAAGAUCCCCGGCUACCUAUGGUGAUUGGUGAGGUUGAUAAAUCUUACCGGUUACCAGAUCCGUUGCAAGAUCUCUCUACAUCCAGAUAGAUCUGCUUGCUGUGGUUGAUGGAACUAGCGUACUACUCUUUUAAUUAUGUUAAUGUUAUCACAGGUGCUGUAUGAUAUAGACUCUAAGUUUCUGGCUGAGAAUUAUCAUUUUGAAAUGGUGCCGAACAUGGUUUUUCUCA